AUGGAUGUUGCACAUGUUCAGGUCUCUGAUGAAGAACUCAAAAAACGGGCUUUCUAUAUCGUAGAAAGUGGUGAUUCUCUUGCAAGCAUCGCAGCAAGGUUUGAUUUAACUCCUUCUCGCCUAUGCCAGAUAAACAAACUCCGGAGCAAUCAUCUUUUUACUGGUCAACGUUUAAAGGUAGGUAAAGAAGAAUUUGGGUGCCAAAAAGCAAAAGAUGGGACUGCGGAACAAACCGAGGACCCUUGUGACUUCCAAGCUACAAACGUUGUAGCAGCCGCGCCUUCUCAGGAAAAAAGGUAUAGACAAAUAUUCAAGCGACUUAUUGGAGUAGAGUGGUUGGAAAAGUCACGCACAGUCAAAGUCGUCCAGGCUGAAAACAUCAAAACCAAUGAUGCCUUAGCUGCUGGCCGCCUGGAAGUAGAUGCACGAUUUUGCCACGAUUUGCAUAGAUGCGUUAGGGGAACAUUGAUCGCUACCAUUGAGACCAUCAUGUUUCUACCGUUGAGCGAAUGUGAGCAUACGGCUGCUCUUUGCCAGGCAGCCAUGGAAAUGCGCUACGAAAAUGUUCGUUCUGUUGCUGCAUAUGAUGACGCCUCAGUUUUUGUCUUCACAAAGCGACCGAGACCACUUUCUCUCUCCAGUACCUAA